AUGUUCGCGGGGCUGCCUGAGCUCGGGAUAUCCAACGGAGAGGAUCUUAAAGAAACUCUCACCAACUGCACAGAACCACUAAAAGCCAUCGACCAAUUUCAGAUGGAAAAUGGAAUUCUUCUGCCAACGCUGCAGUCUGCUCUUCCUUUUCUUGACCUCCAUGGGACACCUCGGCUGGAGUUCCACCAGUCCGUCUUUGAUGAACUUCGAGAAAAGCUGAUGGAGCGAGUUGCCAUCAUAGCAGAGGGCAAGGACGAGGACAGAUACAGAAAGCUUGAAGAGCUGCUGGAGAAGAGCUUCCCACUUGUUAAAAUGCCAUCCAUUCAGCCGGUGGUGAUGCAGGUCCUGAAGCAUCUACCCAAGGUGCCAGAGAAGAAACUAAAGAUGGUGAUGGCUGACAAAGAGCUGUACAAGGUGUGUGCAGUAGAGGUGAAAAGGCAGAUCUGGCAGGACAACCAGGCUCUGUUUGGGGAUGAAGUCUCGCCCCUCCUAAAGCAGUACAUUGUAGAGAAGGAAGCAGCUCUGUUCAGCAGUGACCUCUCCAUCCUGCACAAUUUUUUCAGUCCUUCACCUAAAACACGGCGCCAAGGCGAGGUGGUUCUAAAACUGACCCAAAUGAUUGGGAAGAAUGUGAAACUCUAUGAUAUGGUACUGCAGUUUUUACGAACACUCUUCUUGCGAACCCGGAAUGUCCACUACUGCACCCUGAGAGCAGAGCUGCUUAUGUCUCUUCAUGACUUGGACAUCAGUGAGAUCUGCUCUGUGGACCCCUGCCAUAAGUUCACUUGGUGUUUAGAUGCUUGCAUCCGUGAGAAGUUUGUGGAUGGUAAGCGAGCCAGAGAAUUACAGGGUUUCCUAGAUGGAGUGAAGAAAGGACAAGAGCAAGUCCUUGGGGACCUGUCUAUGAUCCUGUGUGACCCGUUUGCCUGUAACACCCUAGUCUUGAGUAUCAUGAGGAACCUGCAAGAACUGCUGAGUCAAGAUGCUUUACCACGAGACAGUCCCGACCUGAUGCUCUUGCUGAGGAUGCUUUCACUUGGUCAAGGAGCAUGGGACAUGAUCGACAGUCAGGUCUUCAAAGAGCCUCGUUGGGAUUUGGAGGUGGUGACACGCUUCCUGCCUGCAAUGAUGUCGGUGGUUGUGGACGAUCACACCUUCACCGUGGAACAGAAGCUCCCAAGUGAAGAGAAGAGCUCGAUGUCAUACCCCACUACUUUGCCAGAUUCCUUCAACAGAUACCUGCAGGAGAACAGAGUGGCCUCUGAAAUGGGUCUCUAUUAUGUUCUCCACAUUGCCAAACUGAGGAACAAGAACGCAUUACAGCGGCUACUGCCUGCCCUCAUGGACACCUACAAUGACAUGGCCUUUGGUGACAUCUUCCUUCACCUGCUAACUGGACACCUCACCCUGCUCUCUGAUGAGUUUGGAUCAGAAGAGUUUUGUUCAGUUGUCUUUGAUGGAUUUCUUCUUACUUCUUUCUCCAGUAAAGAAAACGUCCACAGGCACACCCUGAGGAUGUUGCUACAUCUACACCACAAAGUGCUACCAUCAUACAUGGAAACAUUGAUGAAAACUCUGGAACCUCCUAAACAGUGCAGCGAGCCACUGAAGGAGCUCUACAGCCAGCUGACUGAGAAGUUGGAGGCGCAGAAGAAGAGCCCCCCUCCACCAGAUGAAACUCCAUCCCUGGACUUGGGGCUGCACCCAGUGACGGUUCCCACCACCACCUCAACUCCAACCACUCCUCUCUGAGACACUGCAGAAAUGGAGAUUUUAAUCAGUGACAGACUGUGCAUACAGCCCCCAACUGUCUCGUGAAAGACUGGAUAUUUUAUAGUUGUAUUUGUCGUGUCAGAUUGUUUUUCUUUUUCAUAAAGAUUUAAUUUCUGUAGACAUGUGUCUUCCAGCUCUGCUAGUGUAGUCCUGCAGCCAGAGUUCUGGAUUUGUAUUUGUGUUCUUGCAUUAUUGUUCAGAUAUACAGUAUUUUCACAUGUAACUGGGCUGUCUGUGUGUUUAUAUUUGAAGUCUGUCAGUAGUGCAAAAACCCUGUAAAUAAAGUACUAUUUGCAAAUAUAGGUUAAUUUAGUGUGUUCUGGGCAAAAUGCUACCUUGUGCAAUACAUACAUCAGUAUGGUACAAAUGCAGUCUUGAUGAGAAACACUUGAUUACAAGCGGAAACACAAGAGACUGGUGUGCGUAGACCUCAUUGGUAACUCGCCUAGCAGCUACACAUGGAGGCAGUGUCAGAUGAGAACAUAUGUACGACUAGUCAUGGAAGUAUUCAAGUAUUUUACUGUUUUGAUGUGCUCUACAGUUUUGACAAGUUUUAUUCUUCUACAUCUACUGUCAUUUCCAAUGCAAUGCAAAUGUUGCAUUUUGUAAUUCCACCAACAUUAUUUUAAGAUUUUAAAAUUUAAAUCUACUAAUAAAUAGUGUUAUUGUAGAUAAACCUUCCAAGCAGUAUAUAAUUAAUUAAAAUAAUCUCAUCAGUGCAACCUUGAAGGAAUGUAUGCAUUACUAAAUCAAUAUUUAUGAUCCAAAAAUUUCUUGUAUGUGAUUCUGUGUAAUAUGUACUUUUACUGUAGCUUGGGGCAUAGGGCUGAACAUAAGCCUAAAAAUUGCAUCCAGUGUAUUUGAGCAAACACACUGGAUGAUUAUGGCACAGGCAAUUCAGAUUUCCUGUACUAUAAAUCUCACCUUUUUUUGUCCCAUCUAUACCAAGGCUUAAAAACAAUCCUGAAAACACUGGUGGUGUGUCUGUUUACACACAAACAUAUUUAAAAACGCUGAAAACUGCAAAUAAAUGUGUCAAAGCUUGAGAAAAGACCAAACAACAGAUUCACUAUGAAGCAGUGUUUAUGUCAGCAAUUUAGAAAUUAUUAUAUGCUA